CUUAACGUUCCUUCUUGGCCGAGCCUCUCGCCAAAACACAUUAUAUAACGCGGAAGGACAGAAGAAGCCGCCAACAUGACUUCCCGUUUCUUCAUGUCCGACUCUGAGACCGAGUCCGAGUCGAGCGAGGAGGAGACCGUUAAGGAGCCAGCCAUCUCCGGGGCUGCCUUCGUGUUUAGUGAAGAUGAGGAAGACACCAAACGUGUCGUCCGCUCAGCCAAGGAGAAGCGCUAUGAAGAGCUCAAGAACAUCAUCAAGAGCAUCAAGAACUACAAGUCAGCCAGGGACUUGUACAGUGUGCUCUCAAGUUUUGAGGACCUGUGCCGUGCAUAUACAAAGGCCCUUCCUGUUGUGCAGAAGGAAGAGAGCGGCAAGACCCCACGCUUCUACCUGCGUUGCCUGGUGGAGCUGGAGGACUUCAUCAAUGACAUGUGGGAAGACAAAGCUGCCAGGAAACACAAGUGGAAUAAGAUCAAUGCCAAGAGUUUGACCACACUCCGCCAGAAGUAUAGAAAGUAUGCUCGUGAAUAUGAAACUGAUUUGGCUGCCUUCCGGGAAAACCCUGAUGCUCCCGAUUCUGAAUCUGAGAUGAAGGAGGCUGAAGAUGAAGACAGUGACUUUGAAACUGAUAUGGACUCUAAUACUUUCAAGAAAGAAUCAUCUACCAAGACUGCCAAGAAGCAGAAGGAAAUUGAGGAGGAUGAUGACGACGACGAUGACAGCAUUGACUGGGGUCCCGAUUCGGAUGACGAGACCUCUUCCUCGGAUGGAGAUGUUGGCAUAUACUCUUUGAGGGAACAUUUCUUGAAAAAGACAACAGACAGAGAUGAAGAUGAUGGCAAAAAAAAGAGGAGGAAGAAGCCAGCAGAGACCAAGAUCAAGGAGGAGGAUAGCGAUGAUGAUGAAGGUGGCUGGGAAACUGUCAAGAAAGGAUCCUCUAUGCCAAUGGAAAAGCCCAAGAUGUUUGGCAAGGAUGAUGAGAUCAAUGUGCAGUCUGUACACAAGAAGCUGAAUGAGAUCAUGGCUGCCCGUGGCAAGAAGGGCACAGACAGGAAGGAACAGAUUGAGCUUUUACACGAACUGAUGAACGUCUCUGAUGAGAACAACCUUGGACCAGCCAUCCGCAUCAAGAUUCAGUUCAACAUCAUCAUGUCCAUCUAUGACUACAACCCCUCAGUGUCUGACCCAAUGAAAGUGGAGCUGUGGGACAAGGUCCUCAUUAAAAUCGAUGAGUUGCUGGACAUGAUGAUUGCUCACCCAGACCUGGUCAUUGGAGAGCAUAUCACAGAGGAGAGUGAGAGCCUGGAGACUGCUCCCCUGCUUGUGCGUGGCUGUGCCCUCACUAUCGUCGAACGGAUGGAUGAGGAAUUUAUCAAGUUGCUUAAGGCCUGUGAUGCUCACAGCAAUGAAUACAUUGUUCGUCUCCGUGAUGAGAUCCGUGUUUGUGCUAUCAUUGACAAACUUUUGAAGUAUGAGGAAGAGAACGGAAUGCCCUCUGACAUCUGCCGCAUCUAUUUGAGGAAAAUUGAGCAUCUCUACUAUAAAUAUGAGCCUCGUGCUGCCAAACAGGCUGUGGGUGAGAUCCCCAAAACUGAUGACACCAGUGUGGAAGAGAUGGACAGGCUCUGCAAGUAUAUCUAUGUGCGUGACAACACAGAUCGUCUGCGUACACGUGCCGUGCUCUGUCACAUUUACCACAUGUCACUGCAUGACAAGUGGUAUGAAGCACGUGAUCUGAUGCUGAUGGCUCAUCUACAGGAAACCAUCCACCACUCAGAUCUGCCAACCCAAAUUCUGUACAAUCGUACCAUGGUUCAGCUUGGUCUGUGUGCCUUCCGUCAUGGCAACAUCCGUGAAGCUCACAAUGCCCUCUUGGACAUCCAGUCUGGUGGUCGUGCAAAGGAACUUCUUGCACAGGGCCUUCUUCCCCAGCGACAACAUGAGCGAACCACCGAGCAGGAGAAGCAGGAAAAGCAGAGGCAAAUUCCUUUCCAUCAACACAUUAAUCUGGAGAUGCUGGAGUGCGUUUAUUUGGUCUCAGCCAUGCUUAUUGAAAUCCCCUACAUGGCUGCCCAUGAAUUUGAUGCUCGUAGGCGUAUGAUCUCCAAGUCAUUCCACCAUCAGCUGAAGAAUUCAGAGCGUCAGUCUCUGGUAGGCCCUCCGGAGAGUAUGAGGGAACACGUGGUGGCCGCCUCCAAGGCCAUGCGCAAUGGCAACUGGAAGCAAUGCAGGAAUCUCUUGCUGAAUGACAAGAUGAACUCUAAGGUGUGGGACUUGUUCCACGAACCUGACCGUGUGCGCACCAUGCUGGGAGGCAAAAUCCAAGAGGAGAGCCUGCGCACAUAUCUUUUCACCUACUCUCAUGUUUAUGACUCCAUCUCCCUUAUCAAGCUGUCAGAGAUGUUUGAGUUGCUCCAUGGGACUGUGCAUGCCAUUAUUAGCAAGAUGAUCAUCAAUGAGGAAAUUAUGGCAUCCCUUGAUGAGCCAACUUCCUGCCUUGUGAUGCAUCGCACAGAGCCUUCAUCAUUGCAGUCACUCUCACUGCAACUGGCAGAUAAGCUCUAUAACUUGGUGGAGAACAAUGAGCGUAUCUUGGACCAGAAGCCCUUUUUCGCCCGCGGAAUGCAGGGCGGUGGGUACCGUGACCGUCGUGAGAAGGGUAGCUGGGGAGAACGAAGAGACCGCCGAGACCAGCGACGAGAGAGAGAUUAAAGAGGAUUCACACCCAAGAUGGCAGCCAGCAAGCCUCAUCUUGUUUGACGUUCUGGUCAGCAUUCAUGUGGCUGUUGAAGUAUUGUCGUUGAUUAUCCCGACCUCCUCCCCCUCUGCAAGGAAAGGUCUGCUGGGGCCUGCCUGUUUACUACAAAGCAAGGCUUUGUUAGUGCUUUGCCAUUAGUAUACUGCAUGUUUUUUAUACAGUCCAUUUUGGCUAUGCUUUGUAGUGGAAUGGGUGGGCCCCAGAAAGCACUUGUGAAGAGUUGAAUGUAUAUGAAGAAUAUGAUUUAUGAAAUAUUUUAAUUGUUCUUGGUUAUUAAUCAUCAUCACUGAGAGGAUCUGUAGAGGAAUCGGUUAAUAAAUUGGUACCAUCUU